AAUAAUCUCAACGAAAAACAAACCGACAAAAAAUAUUAGUGAUUUACAGAAAGUUCUCAAUUUAUUCUUUGCUUUUAGUUUAUUUUAAGCGUUUAUAUAUACAAUAGUAAUUACACCAGCAUCACAAUGGCGAUGCGAGACUACGCCGCUGAUAAAGAGGGUUUUAAAAACUUUUUUAUUAAUUUCUGCCAAACUGAUGAUGAAGGGCGCAAGAUUUUUAAAUAUUCCGAACAGCUUAGUAAAGUCGCACACAGGGAACAGAUAUCCUUUGUGGUCGAACUGGAUGAUUUACACGACAUGAAUGAAGAGCUGGCAGAAGCAGUUAUGAAGAAUACAAGACGAUACACAAACAUGGUGUCAGAUGUAGUCUAUGAUAUGAUUCCUGACUUUAAACACAAAGAGGUUGCAGCAAAAGAUACAUUAGACGUUUACAUUGAACACAGAAUCAUGUUAGAGGCACGGAACCACAGGAUUCCGGGAGAGAUGAGGGAUCCCAGAAACAGAUAUCCUGCUGAACUGAUAAGAAGAUUCGAAGUGUACUUCAAAGACUUGUCUACAUCGAAGUCAGUGCCAAUUAGAGAUGUUAAAGCAGAGCACAUUGGUAAACUAGUAACAGUGAGAGGUAUAGUGACUCGCUGCACAGACGUCAAGCCGUUGCUAGUAGUAGCAACAUAUUCCUGUAGCGCAUGUGGAGCCGAGACGUACCAACCAGUGAGAGCGUUACAGUUCACACCGCCACCCGCUUGUACGGCUGAUGAGUGUAGACUAAAUAAGACAGCUGGACAGCUGCAUCUGCAGACAAGGGGAUCCAGGUUCCAGAAGUUCCAGGAAUUGAAAAUUCAGGAGCAUUCUGAUCAAGUGCCAGUAGGCCACAUUCCCCGCCAACUGUCUGUGUACUGUCGAGGAGAUACGACGCGACGAGCUCAGCCAGGAGACCACGUGGCAAUCACAGGGGUGUUUCUGCCGCUUCUCAACUCUGGCUUUAGGCAGAUGGUGCAAGGACUACUCUCUGACACAUAUUUGGAAGCUCACGGUGUAACUUGCUUAAACCAAAGUGACGAAGGGGAAAUGGCAGAACCCCUAACAGAAGAGGAGUUAGCUGAGUUGGCAGAAGAUGACCUGUACUCAAGGAUGGCGCGCAGUCUUGCUCCAGAGAUCUAUGGGCAUGAAGAUGUUAAGAAAGCACUCUUACUGCUUCUAGUAGGAGGUGUUGAUAAGCGCCCGAAUGGCAUGAAGAUUCGUGGUAACAUCAACAUCUGUCUGAUGGGUGACCCCGGGGUGGCCAAGUCACAGCUACUCAACUACAUUGACCGGUUGGCUCCACGUAGCCAAUACACCACUGGUAGAGGAUCCUCCGGUGUGGGAUUGACAGCUGCAGUUUUGAAGGACCCAUUCACCGGUGAGAUGAUGUUGGAGGGCGGGGCCUUAGUGUUAGCGGAUCAAGGCGUCUGUUGCAUCGACGAGUUCGACAAAAUGGCUGAAAACGACCGCACCGCCAUACAUGAAGUUAUGGAGCAACAAACUAUUAGCAUUGCUAAGGCGGGAAUAAUGACAUGUUUAAACGCGCGCGUGUCCAUUCUCGCGGCCGCAAACCCCGCGUACGGUCGCUACAACCCCAAACGCACUAUCGAGCAGAACAUACAGCUGCCGGCCGCACUGUUGUCGCGUUUUGAUCUACUCUGGUUGAUACAGGACAAGCCUAACAGGGAGAAGGACCUCGAGCUCGCCAAACACAUAGCCUACGUACAUCAGCACUCUAUGCAACCUCCCGGACAGACGCGUGCUCUGCCAAUGAAACUUGUCCGACGGUACCUGGGCCUCACGCACCGCAAACACCCCACCGUGCCCAGGGGCCUCACUGAAUAUAUUGUGUCGUCCUAUGUGGAGCUGAGACGGGAGGCCCGAAACGCGCGUGACGUAACCUUUACGUCGGCUAGGAACUUGCUCGCUAUACUCCGUCUUUCCACAGCACUCGCGCGACUGAGACUAUCAGAUGUGGUCGAAAAAGAAGAUGUAUCAGAGGCAAUUCGGCUGGUUGAAAUGUCGAAACAAUCUCUACAACACGUAGAUGAAAACGUACAGAGGGGAAUAAGCGCUACGGAUCGCAUCUUCGCGGUUGUGCGUGAGUUGGCUGGAACUAGCAACACUGUAAAGAUUGCUGACGUCAUCGAACGCUGUGUCGACAAGGGCUUCAAACCUGACCAGGUGGACGCCUGCAUCGAAGAAUACGAAAAUCUCAACGUAUGGCAAGUGAACCAAGUGCGGACAAAGAUCACCUUCAUGUAAUGUAAACGUGCCACUAGGAUAAAUAGUUAUGUAAGAAAUACCACUGUGCCUGUUCUCUGUUGUAUGACUUGUAAUGAUUGUAUUGUGAUGAUGAAUAAAGAUGUUUUUCGCGUGA